UCUCCGUAUGUUUAUGUUUAUAUUUCUCUCGUCUAGGGUGUUUAAACGCCAAGGCCAGAACUGAAGCCGAGCAUCGUAUACAUCGUACAAGUGUCUUGCACCUAUGAAGAUGAAGUUUGUUUACGCAUUGUUGCUGUUUAUGCUAGUUGCAGUGUGGGCUCAUACUGAUUACAGCGAGUCUGAUGAUGACGAUGACGGUAGAAGUGUCACAGCGGUUCAGAAAGCAAGACUUAUGACAGGAGACAUAUCACCAAAUAACAACGAUGAGAAUCGAAUGGUCACAAAGGUUCGAAGAAAGAGAGGAUUUAUUCGUAGCUUAGGGAAGAAAUCAAAGAGGAAAGGAAGAGGGGAGAAGGGGGAAGACGACGAUGACAACGAUUCCAGUUACGACGACGACGACGAUGGUUUCAGUUGGUUUGGGUCAGGGACAUCGUCCUACAAUGCGACAAGGAAUCUGUUCAUCGUCCUGGCCUUGUUGGCUUUGCAGUGCAUAAUGUAAUGGAUAAGCGAACUUUUCUGAGUUUUUUCAAACCCCUAGUCGCUGCAUGGGUUUGAUCUGGCCUCAGACCACAAUUAAUUUCCCUAUAUGUUAUAACCAAAGAAAAACCCUUUAAACAAUGUUAUAUAAUUUUGCUUGAGACCUGAUCUUUAUAUAGGUUUUGUUCAGCUAUCUAAGACACAUUUGUGGUGAGAUGGAAAAGUAUUCAUAACCGACAUUUUUUAAAGAUUAUUUUACGUAUGUGUCAACAUAUAACCCCGCUAUACUAUGAUAUGACCCUGAAAUUCAUGCGCAGGUGCCUGACAACAUACAACAUCUUUCCGCCUAAAUUAAUUUCACACAAAUUAAUCAACCAAGUUAAUUAUAGGGGAAAAAGAUCAUGCUUCAUUUUGGUAUGACAUAUGGUUUUAUUUUAUUCACAUGGAAGAAAGAAUAAAUUCAUUUAAAAACGACCCCAAAAUUGAUAAAUGCACUACAUUCAUGCACAACGAACCGGAAACAUUAACUGUGGUCUGAGGCCAUCUGUAAACACUUGUCCACUUCCGAUGUUUCCCCAUUCCUGCAAGCCUUCUGGGAAAUUGAGGCCGCAUACCAUACUAUCUAACUCAGUUUAACAAACAUGACUUACACAUAUAUACUUUGUGUAUUACAACUUCAGCAAGUUAAAGUGUAAAUUGAGUGUUUCAUUCUAUUUUAUUUUCAUCUUAAUAUCUGGGAGAUUGUUUUAAUGAAACUUAUUGACAUUAGUUAAUCAAUAAGUAAACGUUGGAUUAAAUGGAGGGACAGUUUUACGAUAUUUCCACUUAAUGAAUAACACGGAUAUUGUUAUACGAUAGCCUUGUGAUGACAGAGAGGAUGUCUUGGGUGUAAUUAUGAGCACUGACGGGGAUAAGGAUCAUGAUGCUUCUCAUACCAACCCUUUCCUCGGAACUCUCACUAGAUUUACCAAAGUAUAAUCUUACAUUUUUUCAUCAUUGCCUUUUUGUUUGAAUAGCAAUAACUAUGUACUAAUGUUGUAUCUUAUAUAUUCUGAAAGUGUAAUCGUUACAUCACGUUGCAUCACAUGAUAUUUUUUUUAUUUUAUUUUUUUAAUAUUUGUUUAUUUUCAAA